GGAUAAUACACUGUUGACCACUCGUCUCACCUCAUCCAUCCGCACGUCGCAGUCACAGGACCGCCGUCGCCGUUGUCGCCGAAGCCGCCCCACGCCCGCCGCUACACCGGAUCCGCGAUCGCCCAAAACCGGCGCCGCCGUCGCCGUCCCUCUUUCUCUCCCCUCCCCCCACCCUCCUUCCUUUAUCCACAAUGGCAAACCUCGGCGUGCCCGUCAAGCUCCUGCACGAGUCCCUGGGGCACAUCAUCACGGUCGAGCUCAAGACCGGCGAGAUGUACCGCGGCAAGCUGAUGGAGGCCGAGGACUCGCUCAACAUGGCCUUGCGCGAGAUCACCGUCACGGCGCGCGACGGGCGCGUGAGCCAGCUCGAGCAGGUGUACAUCCGCGGUAGUAUGGUCCGCUUCAUCAUCGUCCCCGACCUGCUCGCCAACGCGCCCAUGUUCAAGCGCGUCGGCCCCAACGCCAUGCGGGGGCGCGGUAUCGGUGCUGCUCGUGGUCGCGCUACCAUCCAGCGCGCCAACGCACGCCGCGGCGGACCGCCCCGCAGCCAGGGUGUGCGCCGUUAGUAGACGUUGUAUGUUAGGCGUAGGCGGGCGGCGUAGUAGUGAUUGGCGACGACGAGAUGGCGAUAUGCAGCUAUACAGAUCGA